ACUGCGUGUAGUGGGCUUGGUUUAUCUCGGCGCUCACCGACACGAUACACAUCAAUUGGUGAGUGAACGUCGUCGUGUUUGCAGGCGCUGUUAUCGCGCCAGUACACCGCCCGCUGCGCAGCGAGCGCGUGUCUAUCGUUUGUUUACUCACAAAAAAAAAACCGGCAUGAACGCACAUUCUUCGGUAUAUCGAUAAACAAGAAUUGUGACCCAACAAUUAUCAGUGAACUCAGCAAAAUGUUGUUCAGUGUAACGUUACUCCUUUUAGCUAUUAUAACCUUUUUAAUAUUUUUAUUGACCGUUUUCCACUUUUCCACGAAAGGCAGGAAAUAUUGGCAACAAAAGAAUGUUGCGUACAGAGAGCCGUGUCCGAUAUUUGGAAAUUUCGGACCAAUUUUUACGAUGCGCAAAAGUUACGCUAGUAUGUUACACUAUUUUUAUGAUAAAUAUCGGAAUGAGAAGUAUGUAGGAAUUUUCCAAGCGCGCAGACCGACGCUGAUGGUGUUAGAUUUGGAUAUAGUAAAGAAUGUAUUCUCGAGAGAUUUUUCCAAUUUCAGCGAUCGGGUAUCUGCGGUUACAGAUACACAACGUGAACCGUUGCUCAGAAAUUUGGCUAAUAUGAGUGGAGCAGAGUGGAAAGCGAUGCGACAUAUAGUUUCUCCUACUUUUUCAUCUGCUAAAAUGAAGGCUAUGUUUCCACUUAUAGCAGAAUGUGCUAACACUUUAAAGAAUGUUCUCUUAGACGAGUGUUCAGAAGAAAUUGAUAUUCCGAAACUCAUGUGUAGAUACACGACUGACGUCAUCGGCAGCUGUGCAUUUGGUGUAGAUCCUGGUUCCCUAAAGAAUCCCGAUUCACCGUUCUUAAAAAUGUCCUCCAAAAUGUUUAGAGCGGAUCGUUCAACUAUUUUGAAACGUUACUGUAGAGUGUUUUUUCCUAGGCUAUUUAAAGUUUUGAAUCUCAGAAGUUACUCGUCAGAUGUGGAGGCUUUUUUUACGUUAAUAAUAAAGCAAGUGCUGUCAGAAAGGAGGAAAACUGGAAUAGUGAGACACGAUUUCCUGCAGUUGAUGUUAAAUGUACAAAAAGACGACUCUACGUUUGUUAUGACGGAUGAACUAAUAACGUCCAAUUCAUUUAUAUUUAUGCUCGCUGGCCUAGAGACAUCUGCGACUACUUUGUCAUUCUGCUUAUAUGAAUUGGCUAAAGAUGAAGAUUUACAGGAUCGUAUAAGGAAAGAGAUAAUGGAAUGUUUGGCAAACUACGGCACAUUUAAUUACGAUUCCGUUUGUGCCAUGCGUUUGACCACACAAGCUGUAAUUGAAACGUUACGUCUGCACCCGCCCACGCCGAUGACCACGAGGCUUUGUACAGCUCCAUGUACACUAGGAGAUUCUGAUUUAAAAAUCAAAUUAAAGGAUCCACUCCUAAUACCUAUAUGUUGUAUACAGAGAGAUCCACAAUAUUUUCCCAAUCCAAAUAAAUUCGAUCCGGAUCGAUUCGAAAAUGACUUGAAUCCACCGACAUUUCUUGCGUUCGGUGACGGGCCCAGGAGUUGUCCCGGAGGUCGUUUCGCUCAGCUGAUGGUGGUGGCUGGCUUAGCGACAAUGUUGAGCACCUUUACUGUAGAGCCGUGUUCCCGCACCACAUCUAACAUUCAAUAUGACCCACGGAGUGUAAUGUUGAAGAAUAAAGGAGGAAUAUGGCUUACUUUCAAACCUCUUUAGAUAUAAAUUGAUUGUAACUAUAGAGAGAAAGUAUUUAUGAGACUGUUUGAUUGUCCUUUUUUUAUAAACCUGUUAUAAUAAUGUAGCGUGUAUAACUCAUACGAACUAACAUGAUACCU